AUGGCGUCGACUCAGGCUUCUUUCCACUCAAACAGCCUGCAAGAGACUGUCCGCCCGUUAGCAGCCUUUCCGGAAAACAUUUGGUCUGAUCGUAUCGCUCCAUUUACUCCCGAUAAAGAGGAACAUGAAAUGUAUGAAAGAGAGAUUGAAAUGUUGAAGGCAGAAGUGGCGAGCAUGCUUUUGGCAACCGGAAAGACUAUGAUGGAGAGAUUCGACUUUAUAGACAAAAUAGAACGACUUGGUGUCUCGCAUCACUUUGAUAUCGAGAUUGAAAACCAACUACAAGAAUUCUUUAAUGUGUAUACCAACUUUGGGGAGUAUUCAGCUAAUGAUUUAUCUAGUGCAGCGCUUCAAUUCCGACUUUUUAGGCAGCAUGAUUUCAAUAUCUCUUGUGGCAUCUUUGACCAAUUCAUUGAUGCUGAGGGUAAGUUCAAGGAAUCCUUAUGCUAUGACACAAGGGGUUUGUUGAGUCUAUACGAAGCUAGUCAUGUUAGAACACAUGGAGACGAAAUUUUAGAAGAAGCUCUUGCUUUCACAACCACUCAUCUGACAUCUGGAGGACCCCAUUUGGAUUCUACUCUUGCAAAACAAGUGAAAUAUGCCCUUGAGCAGCCGUUGCAUAAGGGCAUCCCUAGAUAUGAGGCUUGGCAUUACAUCUCCAUCUAUGGGGAAGAUGAAUCUAACAACAAAUUAUUGCUGAGGCUUGCCAAGUUCGAUUACCACUUGCUGCAGAUGUCAUAUAAACAAGAGCUUUGUGAGAUAAUAAGUUGGGGAAAGGGAUUGGAGAGUGUAUCAAAAUUUCCAUAUGCAAGGGACAGAUUUGUGGAAUGCUACUUCUGGGCUGUUGGAACCUUGUAUGAGCCUCAGCACUCUCUUGCUCGAAUGACUUUUGCGAAAGUAGCAGCCCUUAUUACAAUGAUUGAUGACAUCUAUGAUGCUUAUGGCACUCUUGAUGAACUUCAAAUUCUCACAGACUCUGCAGAAAGGUGGGAUAGCAGUGGAGCAGAUCAACUCUCAGACUACAUCAGAGCUUCCUACACCGCACUUCUGAAAUUUAAUAAGGAGGUUGGGCAAAAAUUAGCUAAAAAGCAAAGAACCUACGCAUUCGAUAAGUAUAUAGAAGAAGUACGGUACCAUGUUGUUGUUAGGGUGGUUAUCUAA